AUGAAUGCCCUAUACGACUUGCCUGUCAUCGUCAAGGAAUGUUCAACGGAAUUCAAGCACCUACUCAACGUCACCAAUGUGUGUAUAAACGAAUUCAAGCGUCUCAAAAUCGCAAUCUCAACUUGUGACCAUUGGAUAGUGCAUCAUCUCGCGAUGAAACUCCCAUCAACUUCUCUCCAAGCCUGGGAGCAUCACCUGGGCAGCUCAGGAGAAAUUCCAACCUUUUCGAUGUUCGAAAAUUUUCUAAACAAUCGCCUUGUCAGCAUCGAAAUGAUAGAAAGUCGCAAAGGGAACCCAUUAGCAAAACCCACAUCGGUACAAAAUGCAUCGCAUAAAUCGUCAUACAAGCUUCCGAACAACUCUAACAACAAUAACAUACAUAAACGUGGCAGCUACCAUACCACGAGCGGUACCAAUUCCGCAAUGCGUUGCACUCAUUGUAGUGGCAACCACAUUUUAAGGCGUUGUCCAGAGUUCUUGUCUAAAGAUUGUUUUGCUCGAAAACUGAUAGCGGAAAACACCAAGCAUCAGUCAACGAGGGAUUCAUCCUCAUCGGCAAGCUCAAUUCAAGCCAACACAACUCAGCUCGUGAGUGCAAUGGCCUCGUAUAAGUCACCCACAGUGAUUCUAGCGACGGUACUGGUUCGACUACACAACAACAUCACUGGUCAGUCUAUGAUAGUACGCGCUUUAAUUGAUCACGGCUCCGAGGGAACUCUUGUUACGGAAAAUGUCGUCCAAGACCUUGGACUAAGGCGAUUCCCUGUUUCUGCUGAAAUCACGGGAGUUGGCGAAAACUCAACAAAUAAGUGCAAGCAUCGCACGGGGUUUACAUUAAGCUCAUGUAUACACCCUCAGUUCCAAAUGUCAGUGGAUACGGCGUUUGUGCUUCGCUCUUUAACAUCGCCUCUGCCAAGGACGAAUAUUUACCUGCAAAACUGGUCGCAUAUCCAAGGACUCGAAUUGGCAGAUCCUACCUUUACGCGAUCCGGUCGAAUCGACUUGCUGAUUGGCGUGGAUGUCAUACCUCAGCUCAUGCUGUCUGAAGUUCGGAAGGGAGCUCAGGAUCAACCAAUAGCUCAGCGCACGCAACUGGGUUGGAUUGUAUUUGGUAAGACAAACCAAAUAUUUUCGCAUGCCAUAUCCAUUCGAUGUCAUCAGACAAAUUUGGAGUCUUUGGUCAAUAUGUUUUUUGAACUAGAGAUAAUUCCCGAAACUCGACAGUUGACAGCAGAAGAACAAUGGUGCGAGGAUCAUUUCAAACGCACGCAUACACGUCAACCCAAUGGGAAAUAUAUGGUUCGGCUCCCAUUCAAGACGCAGUUCGAUUCCUCGCAAGUUCUUGGGAAAUCUCGGCAAAUAGCCCUUAAUCGCUUCCAUAUGUUGGAGCGCAAGUUUCAAAAACAACCAGCGUUACAUCAGCAAUAUUCAGCCGUCAUCCAAGAGUAUUUUGAUCUCAACUAG